AUGGACCGUGAGCAUCUGGUAAAUGCGAAUACUCCGCGGGGCAACCACUGGAUCGGAGCCACUGCGACUUCUUCAUCGUACCUGUCGCCUUCGAACGCAGAUCGAAAGCGUCGACACAUCCGCAAAAGGUCUGAUGGGCCGGAGGAUACGCUCGGCAAUAGACCAAAUGAGGGUGGUCUUGGUGAUGAGUUAGCGGGGCUGAAAAUGGGGCAGCGCUCUGAGUUGGGCUCAGGCUUAGGUCUGGGCGCGGGCACAAUGGCAUCGAGAAGAUCUACACGAAGAGUGAGCUCGGAGCUGCCACUGAUAUCGCCCGAGCUCGUGGAGGUUUCGAGGCAAAGGGCGUUGGCGGUGCUGGUUUUUGCGAUAAUUCAAGGCUACAAGAUAUACGAUCUUAUUCUACUGAAGACCGGUCUGCCCGUAUUGGGACUGCUGUACAGUCAAUCGAGACUAAACUUCGUUUCGAAAUAUUUUAUCAUUGAUUCAUUCUUCCUGUAUCUUUUGCCCUCGUUCAAGAUUCCAAAGUUGAACUUUAGACCGUGGAUAGUAAUGUUGCAGAUUAUAUGCAUGACUCUGAGCACCAUAGUUCUUUGUAACGACAACGACUUUAUAAUUGUCACUGGGCUGAUAGCAAUAUGGAAAAAGUUUAAUACAAAAGAGAUGACCUUAGCAGGGUCGUCUGUUAAUUUUCGUAAAGUUAUGGAUACGUCGUCCCACUUUAAAGGUGCCUUAACUAUCAAAAUUUUACCCGAAAAUACGGCGAUGCUUAAUCCUUUACAGGACUCGUAUUGUUUGCCCUUGGAUACAGAUCUGCUUCCUACGGGUCACAUUAGUGUCCCCAUUAGAAUAAACUCUACAGUCGAUAUCUCUCUAGUCCAAUUGGAGUUUACAGAUUUUUACACCAACGAGUCCGAAUUGAGGAAUCUCACGGGAAAGGACUUCAAAAGUGUUUCUGACUUGACUCACUUGUUGAAAAGGGAUUCAUCGAUACCGACACAUUUGCAUGACACAUCCUCGAUUCGGUAUUUAGAAUUGCCUUUGAAGGAAGUUGGAUUUUAUCAAAUUCAAAAAAUUGUUGACUCAAAAAAUUUGAGCUUGAAAAUUUACACUUCACAUUUAAUAGUUCCACAUUGUCCAGUGGCAACAAUAUCGGGCUCUGGAGAUUCCAAUAGGUGUAUAGGAGAUCCCGAUAAGGUAUCAAUAGAUUUACAGGGGGUUCCUCCUAUGAAACUCUCCUAUUCAAAAUCUAUCAAUGGCAAAUCACAUACAUAUACCGAUUCAAAUCUUGUACCAGAAUUUUUUGAGUCCCCUUUGCAGUCAACCUCGAAAAGAAUUUUUUCAUUAGAGGACCUCAAAAAUCUAAAAUGGUGUAAGACCUAUCCAGUGACUAUUAAUUUGGAUCUACCGGCAUCUCAGGAUGGAAAGUAUACAUACAAGAUUGAUAAAGUCGUUGAUGGUCUGGGUAAUACAAUGGACUUUUCAAAAAUUCCCCAAAAUGUUAGGAGGGAUUAUGAUUUAUCUUAUGACUUCAACGUUCAUGGUAUUCCAAAAGCUUCUCUAGAAGAAAAAUUUGACCCCAAAUCGUCUACCAAAAGGUCAAUUAUUGUCAGGUUCGAAAAAACCCAGGAUUGGGAAUCUUCCGUUCCUUACGGUGUCAAUAUAUUAUUCACAGAUGAAAAUGGUAAAAGUGAAUAUCUCAACAUUGCAACUUCUUCCUUGAAUCAUGAGUUUGAGGCGAAACUACCCGGCAACUAUGAAUUGCAAUCCGUCAAUUCAAACCAUUGUCCGGGUGUUGUCAUCGGUAAGACCAGUGUACUUGUCACAAAACCUAUUCCUCCACAGCUAGUUAUAAAAUCUACUCCAAUCUUGGAACAAUGCGUUGGACAAAUUGGCUUAAACUUUGAUUUGACUUUUACCGGUGUUCCACCAUUUAAUUAUAAAGCAUUUAUCUAUAAAAUUGUGAACCAGAAUCGUAAGCUGUAUGAUACAAAAAGAUACACUUCUCAGGGUACAAGAAACCAGUUUAGCUACAAUCCGGCAACUGAAGGUGAUUAUGAAAUUGUCUUUGAUCAAUUGACUAACCACUUGUUCACUGAUGCUAUCUCAUUGACACCUCGAGAAAACUAUACCUUUAAGACAUCGAUGAGAGUGAAACCCGGUGCUCAGUUGCGAAAAUCAACUGAUAUAAAACUUUGCUUAGGUCAACAGACCAAGAUACCUGUGUCGCUCCACGGUGAAGCACCUUUUUUUUUGGAAUACGACAUUGUUGAAACAUCUUCUAAUAAAAGAACCUCUUAUGAAAUCAAGGACAUUGUAGGUUAUGACCAUGAUAUUGUAAUCCCAAAAUUUGAUGUUGGUGGAAGCUAUAUAUUGUCGCUGGUGUCUAUAAGGGACUCUUCUGGAUGUACUGUUAGGUUGAGCGAACCAGAUGCGAAAAUAUACAUUAGAAGGGAUGUACCAUCAGCUUCCUUCAAUCUUUUAGACAAUACAAAUGAGUCAAAAAUUAAGCAGGGCUCCUACGCAGAGAUUCCUUUGAAAUUGGCUGGUGAGGGACCUUUCUACUUGAAAUAUCAGCAUUUAGGUGAUGAUGGCCAGGUCCUCGGGAUAUAUAAUAAUAAGUUUGACUCAAACUAUAAGCCGGCUUUGAAAGCUAGUAAGGAAGGUUAUUAUGAGCUUGUUGAGGUGAAGGAUGCAAGUUGUAAGGGUUAUAUCGAAAGAAAAGAUACCCGGUUCAAAGUUUCCUUUCUGAAGAAACCUACUUUUGAGGUUUCAGACAAAAACAAGAUUGUUAAACUCACUGAAUCUACUUUUGCCAAACAAGAAAUUUGUCAAGGCGUUGAGGGAAAUAUCGAUUUAUCGUUGUCUGGCUCAGCACCAUUUGUUUUGAAUUACGAUAUUAUUACUCCAAACGGACAUGUUACUGCAAAAAGACUUCCCGUUACUACGAAAUACGCAACGAUCAGACUUUCAAACGAAGACUAUGGCGAAUAUGUUGUGAUAAUCGGCGCCUUGUAUGAUGCUAAUUACGCAGAAGAUGAUUCUACUAAUCUUGAUUCGACUUCAGAAGAAGUCAUCAUCAAACAAGUUGUCAAUGCUCUACCUGUUGUUAAGUUCUCUGAGUCGGGUAAGACAUUGAAAGCUUGUUCAACUGUUGUUAAUGAUGAUGCAACCGCUCUUGAGCAAAUUGACCUUAAAUUUACAAGGGGCAAAGGUCCAUUUUCGGUUACAUUCAGUAUUUACCACGAAAGCACAAGUAGGUCUGAUCUGGUGAAACUUGAUGGGAUUACAGCCGAUACUUUCAAUUAUCAAAAACUAUAUGAAGGCUUAAAGCUCGGAAAUCAUAUUGUUACCAUAGAAAAAGUAGUUGAUGCAAAUGGGUGUAUCAAUGAGUUUAUUCCGUCUCAAGAUAAUUUUGUUUUAAUAUCAAUAACGGAUGUUCCAAAGAUUCAUCUGUUAGAUCCAUCAAUGGACUACUGUGUAGGCGACCAUGUGACCUACCAGCUAAAUGGUGCAGCUCCAUUUGUGAUUAAAUAUGAGUUCAAUGGAGUACAGUUGAAAUCUAAAGAGCAUUCCUCCCAGUUCGUCAGACUGGCAUCGGAGCCAGGUGAAAUUUCUAUAGCAUCUCUCGGUGACUCUACGUCCCAAUGCAUUGUUGAUUUCACUGCACCAAACAUGCAGAAAGAACAUGAUAAGCUGUCCUUGCACAUACAUGAAAUUCCAUCUGUCACUGUGUCUCAAGGUAAGAAUCUAGUCGAAGAUAUUCACGAAGGUGAUCAAGCGGAAAUUAUUUUUUCAUUCGAAGGUAAUCCACCUUUCUCAUUGACUUAUGUUAGAACUGAAGAAGCUGAGAGUAGCCAUGGAAAAGUGAGACCACAAGUUGUUGAAACACAUAAAGUUACAGAUAUCUAUGCGUAUGAGUAUAGAGUUCUCACGAGUUUACAGGGCACUUACGAAGCAAUCCAGGUGUCAGAUGCCUUUUGUUUUGCCAAAAAUGAUGCAUAUUUUUAA